UAAUGAACCAAAAAUAUGAGCGCCUGAACAACAAGGUAGGAGUCAGUUAGAUGCCUCUUGUGUGAGUCACAUCAACCCAGUAACGGGCGGCAGGCUCCGAUAUCCGAUUUCAUUAAUCAAGGAUUGCCCUUUGUCAGUAGUCGUGACUGCUGUACCUUUCAUGGACUAAACUCUAGUCCGGUAGUUUUCCAGGCAUUCUGCUAAUUUUGUGCUUGAAAUAUUCGGUAUGGUCAGUCUGAGCUCUCAUAGAGCAUGUUAUAGCCAGCUACAAUCCGUCUCAUCGUUCUACUUUCAACAGAAGAUCAGCUUCAACCACAUUCUUCCGAAUGGUCACAGAUAACAUGUGUGACGCCACCACUGCCAGCAGCAAGAUGGCUAAAGUAAUAAAAUCUCCACGAGGUAUCACGAUAUGCGUGUAUUGUGGUUCGUCGACCGGCAAUGACCCUGCCCACUUGCAAACUGCGCGAGAUUUGGCGAGGCUCAUGGCUGCCAGAGGAGCCAACUUAGGUAAGUUCACAAAUCUUGAGCCGAAGCCGGAUUUCAUCAACAAUCUCUUAACCAUCACGAUGGUCUAUGGCGGAGGAACCGUUGGGCUCAUGGGGCAAGUUGCCCAAACCCUGGUCUCACUAUCAGGGCCCGGCUCAGUACACGGCAUCAUUCCCGAAGCACUCGUCAAGUUUGAGAGGGACAAUACCUACAGCAGCGUGGCUUCGGGGAACAUGCCUCUUCCAGAGGAGGCAACUUACGGUCGUACAACAAUUGUCAAGGACAUGCACACGCGCAAGCGCAUGAUGGCGGAAGAGGUGAUUGCUGGAGGGCCGGGGUCCGGCUUCGUAGCUCUAGUUGGUGGUUACGGCACCGUUGAGGAGGUCUUGGAGGUUGCGGCGUGGGUUCAGCUUGGAAUUCAUCAGCGCGGUGUUUGCCUGAUAAACAUCAAUGGCUUCUGGGAUGGAAUACUGGGCUGGAUUCGUCGAGCCGCCGAGGAAAGGUUCAUUCGCCCGGCAAAUGCGGGGAUUGUGGAGGAAGCAAGUACCCCCGCGGAGGCUAUCGACAAGCUCGCCGCCGAUGAAGUCCCCGAUUCCAUUCUACAUCUUGAAUGGGAUGGGAUCUAAAUUCAGCUCUUGCAGAUGGAGUCUGGAGAUCCGGCUCACCUGUAAUGUAAGAUGAAAAAAGUACCUAGACCACGAUAAGUUCGCCUCUCCACCCAGUGGAUCUCUCCAAAUAGCAGCGGUCAUUUUUCAUCUUGGGGAGCGAAAUAACUACUCUCCUGUGUAGGUGAUGCGUA